AUGGAUGGCUGUGCUGGCAGGACACCCAUGUGCCGCACUGGCCAGCCCCUUGUGGAUCAGAGGCUGAUGUGAAGCUGAUCUGAUGCUUUCCCAGGGAAGUGCAUCUCCUUUCUACGUGUUGCUCAACAGCUGUCAGUUCCUGCUCCCCACUGGGGGACCUGGACUUGCUGUCCCCUCUCUGCUGAUGGGUUGCAGGGGAGUGGAAGGGUCCCCAUCGCUCCCUUCCCAAAAAAGACACAUCUGUCCCACAAAGGAAGGUGGCAUGUGGUGUGGAUGUUGGAGCUGAACACUCUUCACAUGAACAUGGAAGAGGACAAUGGCACCGGCUGGCCCUCCAGCUGGGUAGGCAGACCUUGGGGGCAUGCAUGUUGGUUUGCAUUUUCCUUGUCAGUGCAGAUUGCCCCGUCCUGAUACAAAGCAGCCCUUCAGAGGGUAUUUCUGUCUGUGCUUUCUGUGCUCGUGUGAGAAACGAGAAGUGCUAGAGUGAGAGGGGGAGGAGGGCACGAGGGCUGUGCAGGCACAGCCCACGACUGCUUGCUUAUAGCAGACCAUCCUUUCACCUGUCAGGAGCUAUCAUUAGACAAGGUGGCACUGGCUUUUUGGACUCUGAAAAUGAACCUCAGGAGGAUUUUCCUAGUCAAGUGCUUGCUGCUUUGGUUUCCCAAUGUAAAAGGCGCCGACACCAGAAGGAUUUAUGUGGCAGUGGAUGGGUCAGCUUUUUUCAACAUCAUGACUACUGGGACUGUGCAUGAGGCAACAUGGUCAAGAAAUGAUCAGAGGUUACUUCAGAUAAAAAAUAAGAAAAUUAAGUAUUACACAGACAGUAGUGGCUGCAGGUGUAAGGUACUCUUCAAUGGGACUCUACAAAUACAGCAUGUGAUGAAAGAGGACAGCGGCAUGUACACAGUGCUUGUUUACCACGAAGAUGGAAAACUGAAGGCAGAAGAAAAAACAGCACUCAUUGUUCAGGAGCCUGUCCCUCAGCCAGUCAUCUAUGCUGAAUGCAUUAAUAAAACCACAACUGUGAAAUGUGAAGUGAAGCAGACGUCUAAGAACCAAACAUUUAUGAUAGAAGUGGCUCAUGAUAAAAUUAAAAAAAGUAAUUUAACAAAGGUGGAAUUUACUACAACCCAUUCUGGGAGGUUCAGAUGUACUGUUAAGAAUGAAGUCAGCGAAAAAACAACUGAGACACAAGUCAAGUGUUCAGGCCAGCUGGACUUCUAUCUUAUCAUCAGCAUAGCAGGAGGCGCAAUAUUGUUUGUCACCUUUGUGAUUUUGCUUAUUUUCUGCAUCAGGAAGAAAAAAACAGAAAGGCUUGAAGAUGAUGAUGAGGAGAGGAUGAUGCAGAUUCGCAAGGUAGAGACCGAGAUGGCAGUGCGGGAGCUCCCUCGUCCGCCAGCCAACCCUACCCCGCGGCAGGUGCGCCUGCAGCAGAGGCCUCUGCCGCAGCCCCAGGGGCAGCAGCAAGCCGUGCCUCCGUGGCCCAGGCCACGCACCCAGCCGCGGACUCCAAACCAACCGAGAGAGAGACCUUGAGCGUCUGGCCUCGGAGGGACGGAGCUCUCUCUGCUCCACGACUCGCCAGAAGAAGGAAGUUUACAGUUGUCAGGAAACCUUCCCGCCCAGGCUUGCGUAAUGCUCAGCUAUGAAGCGCCAGCUUUCGUUGCAUAAAAUUAGAGAGAACAUCAAAUAGCUGGAGAUGGAGAGACACGGUGGAGGACACUGAAGGGACCUCAUCCCUGGAGCCAUGUUAAUUCAACUGAGCCUUGACACCUGUGUCUUUCUGUGGUUCACUUGUUUUUACUGCACCUUGUUGUUUUGCUUUUUGGAUGGAUUAUCUCAAGAAGAAAUGAAAGCCCUAGGGAGACAACACGGGCUUACGGAUCUCACGUGGUUCUGUCACGUAGCUUUCUGUUCUCCUGCCAUGCAUUAGGACAGCCCUCUGGUUUCAGCAUCAAAUGCAUGAUCUCCUGGACAGAAAAAUAAGUUGUACAUAAUCAAUUGCCUGUCUGAAGUUGAAAGAAUUGGGUUGUCCGAUGCAGAGAAGAAAAUACUGAAAGGAGAUGUGAGAGCCUGAAGUAUGUAUGUGGGAAAAACGCAAGUAGGGAAGGAGUAAACCCUUCACGUUCUCUACCAUAUUUAGAACAAGAAAUCACGUGCUUAUAUUGCAGAAAGAGAGAUUUAGAUUGGAUUUUUUUUUCCCAACAGACAAAUAAAGCGUGGAGACAAAUUUCUGGGAGAGUAUCACCAACACUUUGGGUUUCAGAGGAUGGAUUAGACAGCAACCUGCAAGGUACCCUCAUCUGCUGAGGGCCAGGGAAACGUGCUACAUGGUUUCCCCAUGGACUGCUUCAGCUGUUUUCUCUGACUUCUUGCUGGCAGAUAAAAUGAAACUAUACUUCCUACAUGUAUAACCAGGUGAUUGCAGAGAAUUGUUGAGAGAUCUCUCAAAGGGAGAGGUGUGUAUACGGACUGCAAUAACUGCUCAUACAUCACUCCACGUGCUGGACAAAUGCUGCUCACUCCUCUGGUCCUUGGAAAUGUUCAUAACUGCCUCUGUUGGACAGCUGAGGAGCUGGGAGAGGACAUAACUCAGAGCAAUAUCUGAAUGGAUAAAUGAGCCCAUCUGGUGUAACCUGCAGCAUAGGUGGAGAAAGGGAGAGCUACCAGAGCCACAGAGCAUGAGCCAUCUGACCACCAUUUUGUUGCGAUAGGUAGAACAUGUAGUACGUCUUUCAGGGUUGGUUAUUCUGCACGCAUCAUGGGAGUUAAAAGAGCCAUCCUUUGUUUCUCCUCAGAAAUGUGACUAUUUUUUUCUUCUGGUAUAAGGGCAGAGAAGAAACUUGUCAAGGAGAAGGAGGUAUUUGCCUCAUCCAGAGCUCAGUCACUUUGCUUGAACUCCAGUUGUGGACACAGUGUUGGAAGUGCCACUUGUUCUUGCCUUAGCUUUCUGCAGCUUGUUUUAGGGCUUCUACUUAUUUAAAGUUGCAUUCGGUAAACGUUUCAUGGCUAAUUUUGUAAUACAAGCUAUGUCCCUAUAGUGAAUGAAUAAAGAUAAGAGUGGGUGGUGAGUA